GGGCGGAGCCCAGACCGGAGGGGGCGGGGCCGGGACCAGAGGGCGGCUCCAGUAGAGUGCACACCCGGAAGCGCGGCCGCGUCAGCGCUCAGAGCCGGUGGAGGCGUAGUCACCGCCGCAGCCGCCACCUCCUCCUCAAUCAUGCCGAAGCACGAGUUCUCCGUGGAUAUGACCUGUGAAGGCUGCUCCAACGCAGUCACUCGAGUCCUCAACAAGCUAGGAGGAGUUCAAUUUGACAUUGACCUGCCCAACAAAAAGGUCUGCAUCAACUCUGAGCACAGCGUGGACACUUUGCUGGAGACCCUGGGGAAAACAGGAAAGGCUGUCUCCUACCUCGGCCCCAAGUAGAGAGGCCCCGUCCGGCAGCCUGCAGGAUGGACCAACAUGGGCAGGAAGAAGCUGAGUCUCAAGAAAUGAAAUACAGUGCUCAAGAUCCCCAGCAAUUUGGUACAGAAUCAGGACUUCGAUUCAGACUGUAAAGUUGGCACGUGCUCACAUGAAGUCUCUUGUUCUCCCUCCGACUUCGCCCUGACCCUCCCCAGGAAAGAGGAAAAGUCCAGAACAGAGAGGCCCAGCCCCCCAAAGAAUGCAGUCCUUCACGUCUCAGGAGUGUGAGGGCCAACUGCAGUUUGCUAAAAGUUGGAGGAGCCUCCCCUACAUAGCUUGACUGUAGAGUCAUCAGAACUAUGUGCAUGACCCAGACAGUGGCCCCAGACGCCGUUUCAGUUCUUUUCCAAAGCCAGGACACGUUUUCUGCUCUCCUUCAGGCUGCCCUUUGCCCUCUCCCGGGACCUUCUUCCUCUCUCACCCUCCUGCUCACUGUUUCUGUGAAACCACAGGAUGAUUCUCCUCUGCCACGUAACAAACAUCAUCUGCUCUUGUCUUAAAGCUGUGACUGGGGCUCACGUUGUCUCAGAGAUGUGAGAAGAGGUUAGCCACCCACUUGAGUAAACACAAGAUCUCCUCAGAGCCAGAAAUCUGACUUUUUCUCCUGAAAGUGACAGAGCCCCCAAGCCAAAGCGGCAUAAGCCCCAAAGGGACUUGACAGGCCCCUGUGAGCCAAAAGGCCAGGAGCAGGGCUGUCUACCAUGUAGGGACUGCAGGCUGCUGUGUGUCACAGACAUUUGUAUCCUAACACAUUCAUCUCAGUCUGUAAAGCAACCCGUUCCCUCUGGCAGCCUUCCUGGUACCUCUUGCUCCCCGGCUGCUCCCCUUCUCAUCUCUCAUGCCUGCAAUCUGAGAAGACAGGGAUAAAGAACAAAGGCUCCUUCCAAUCACAAGUUUCCCCAGAACCUUCCGCGCACAGACCGGCCUACAAGUCAUUGACCAACCCUGGGUCACCUGGCCUCUCUCUUCACUGUAAGGAGGUCUAGGAAGCUUGGUGUGUUGGCUGGACGUGGGCAGAGAGCUCCCUGAGCAAAACAGAGGGUCUUCAGAUUGAGCAGAAGAGCAGACAGAUAGGGGAGGCUGCCCUGGGCUGGCUUAGGGACUCAGACCAAUGUCCCAGGAUGGCUCUCUGUCUCUCUCAUGCCGGCUUCGUGUUCACAUGGGCCUCCCAGUGUGAUCUUCAAGAGGCUGCUUCCACUCUGGAUCUCACGUCCACUCCUAGCCCAGCCCAGGAGGAAAACACCAGAUCCUUUGCUAUAGACCUGCCUUCCACCUCAUGCUCCUCCGUGAAACAGUCAAUAUUAUCAUGGAGCCUGGAACACUAAGUAACUUAAGCAAUUAAACCGGUCCAGUCCCCAUCAAAUUCUCUCCUCUCCUCAUUCUUACUGCCCAACUGCUAGGAAUUAGCCUAGUCACAUCCUUUCUCUAAGCUGGACUGAGAAUGCAGGAGAGGAUGUCAUUGCCCAAGAGGGAAAUCAAGGUAUGGUGCCCAAAGAAUGGAAAAUGGGUGCUGGUAGCCCCCCAAAAUCCCAUCAACUAUCUACUGCUGAAUCUUGGGCAUCAUCCUGUUCUGAGAUUCUUAAAUCACUGAAGGUAUGUCCCGCCUCCCCAAAUAUUUGAUUAAAAUUUCAUAUUUUAGAUCAGUGGUUCUCAAAGUGUGGCCCCAGGGUUCCGGGGGUCCCUUUAAGGGUCCACAAGUUCCAAACUAUAUGUUCAUAAUACACUAAGAUGUUAUUUGCCUCUUUCACUAUCAUUCUCUCCCAAGGAUCCAGGGGAGUUUUCCAGACGUUACGUGAUGUGUUGGCUCCAGAUGUUGUUUUGCUCUGAUACUUAACGGGAUGUGUGUUUGUAUAUUCUUGUUCUUUAAAAAAGUCUUAGUGUUCAUUUCUAACACAGUGAAUAUUGACAAAUGCAACUAAAUAAAACAUUUAUUCAAAGUCA